AUGAGAAGUCUGAUUGUAUUCUCUUUUGUAACCCUGGCAACUGUGUGUGCUAUGGGUAUCGGAAAAUGGGACUCCGACCUGGAAACAGCAGCGUCUCACCACGGCAACGGCUGGGGUAAAGGACAUGGACAUCAUCAUCAUGGUGAUCAUCAUGGUGAUCAUAAAGGAGGAUACCAUAAAGGACAUAGAGGCCAUCACGGUGAACACCACGGCCAUCACGAUCAACAUGAUCAUGGAGGUUAUAAAGGACACCAUGAAGGCCACGGCGGUCAUGAGAAGCAUCAUCAUCACGGUGAUGGGUAUCAUCAUCAUCAUCAUCACGGUGAGAAAGGUGAUCACGGACACGGACACAAGGAGGACGGUCAUUGGGAGAAAGGAGAUGACACGAAGGGUCAUCACGAAGUUGAUAAGCUUAACGAGUUCAAAAAGGAGACACACUUCCACGAAAGCCAUGGUGAUAAGGGCCAUCAUGAGCAUAAAGGGGGUCACCAUCAUGAAGGGGGUCAUAAGAAAGGGGGUCAUCAUAAUCAUGGACACAAGCACGGUGGACACCACGAACAUCAUCACGGUAAAGGGGAACAUCAUGAAGAUGGCGGUCAUCAACAUGGCCAUAAGGGUCAUCAUGAGGAAGAUGGUCAUCACAAGCAUUGGCAUCAUGACCAUGGUCAUGGAGAGAAGGGUGGGCACGGGGACCAUAAGCACUGGGGUUUUAAGAAGGGACAUUAA